GUGGUAGUAAUAGUAGUAGUGAUAAUAGUCGUAUAUCAAAUGUGAACCAGAGGAAAGCAAAAUUUAGAGGAGCGACGCACUUGCUUUCGGGCUCACACAAAGUGAUUUAAUUUUGCAGCAACUUGUCAGUUUUUUCCCUUUCUUUUUCUCUCACUCUGGACAUGAGCUUUAUCGAUGCCCCUGACGAGUCGCCACAAAGCCCAACCAUGCCGGCUCCAUUGACGCCGGUUGCUGCUGCCAAAAACCCGCGUGCUUUGCCUCCCGAUAUUCUCAUUCGCAUAUUUCAGUAUUUGCCAGUGCCAUCGCUAGCGACUGUUGCCUUGGCAUCCCGACGUUUUAAAGUACUUGCCUACGAUGACGAGAUUUGGGAUGAAAAAUUACGACAAAUGCUCGACAAUGAUACGGGAGCUUUGGCAGCGACACUCGAAGGGAAAAGCGGCAACUCGGCAUUGAUGGAUAUUGGACAAAACAUACAAAUUAAUAACAAGCCUUUGAAUGCCUUGAUACCCGGUCUAUCGACAGACCCGUACAGUGCCCGAGCGCGGGCGAAAUCCACUGGGCUUGCCCGGGAGAAGUUCAAGGAAUUGUAUAUCCGGCUACUACCAUACUACGUCGACCUGCGUCAAAAGCAUAGAGAGUCGAAGGUGCUGAGCGACUACGGUACAAGUCCUGAAGAGUGUGCCAAGCUGUUAAAUACGCUGGUUGGAUUUGGGGCAUGCCAUGUCGUGGAAGAUUGGAAGCAGAUAAACGAAGCAGUGGAUACCCUCUGUCAAUACUUUGAAAGCGCCUCUCUCCAUGAAUUCGAGGUUGCUUAUGAUGUACAUAAUACUACGGAUAUGAAGACUUACGCACACGCAUUAAUAGCACUCAAUGGUGGAUCUAUAUGUAUACAAACGUUUGUGCAGAAACAUCCUAUAUUCUUUGAUAAUCCUUUUAAACCAGACGACAAUUACAAAGCGUCCCCAAAUGAUUUGGAACCAUUUAAAAAGCUCAUGUCACUAGUAACCGAUGAAUUCAAAGAACAAUCACAGGUUGUCAGCGAAACAUUUCCCGAAAAAGUCGAUGUGUAUUAUAUGUUUGUUGAUCGCGUUCUAGAGGAUGUGGUAUCAGACUAUGUAAACAGCUUACUUGGUAUUGCCCAAUCACAUGAAACAAGGCUUUAUCUGCACACCAUUUCUGUUGUCUUGGAUUCCAUGGCGCAAGUCGUGGAUGUGCUUACACACGAGGAUCUCCCACGAAGAAUUGACCGCGAACGAGGCAUCAAUUUAAUCUAUAAGCUGUUUCUGCCGUUCCUGGAUGACUAUCUCUAUGAGGAGCAGGCUUAUGUGAAGUCUGCAUGUGAUAAGCUCAUUGAAGAAUGGAACAAUGACUCGGGAAUAAGACGAGAAGAUCAAUCUGCACGUCUGUCUAACCAGUCUCGUGAAGCUUUCAAACGUAAUUACCUAUCUGCGUUCAAAAAGGUCAUUGCGUUGCCUGUUGACCUAGUAUCCAGUGCAGCUACUACAAUAGCCUCACCUUUCCAAAGAGCAUCAUCUACCACGAAAACGGGUCCUGACGAGAAAAAACCAAACGCCACCGUCACUGUCACCGCUGAUUCUCCCGUAUCCGGAUCAUCACCGAAAUCAACCCCACCAUCAACGCCCAAAGUGACGACUGCUACGAUUGCUCAAAAUGAAAACUAUGAAAAGCAAAGCCCAUUAUCGCCGAAAUCACCCUCAUCAGUAUCGAUGCAUUCCCGACAAUCAUCCCGUCACUCGUUACGGUCAUCGCCCGAUGUCCGCAGUGUGGACUUGAAAUUCGCCAUGCAUGAAUUAGACAUGAUGCAAGACUUGCUGAGUCUGGAAAUAGUGCUGCAGCUUAUCCAUAUAAACAAGGAUGCAGAGCGCCGUGUGGAACGUUUCAUUCAGAUUGGAUUUCCCGGACGCAUGCGCAGUGAAAUCCAAAAAACAUACGAACAUAUCUUUGUCGCAUUGCUGAAAACUUUGGGAAACCAGCAUAUCCAGCCAGCUUUUGACAGAGCAAUUGAGCAUUUGGCGUCGUAUACCCCCGAUCCAGAGUCCCUUAAAGGUUCAGGAGACGUGCCACCAUUGACCGAGUUCUUUGAAAUGGUUCACGUUGGUGAUGUUAUCCAGCAAAUGGUGCAGCUCUAUUAUGAUGAAGAAAUCUCUAAAUAUGUUGAUAAACUCGACUUUAUCAAUGAAGUGAACAAGGAAAAGAAAAUUUUUGAAAGAAUUUUGGACGAUUGCGUAGCAAAUGGAAUGGAUAGAGGCAUUCAGGUUCUUCUUGCCCAAGUCCAGUAUAUUCUACAACACGAACAAACACCGGAAGACUACAACCCUGCUGGUGAUAUGAUUGCUGAUUUAAAGCCAACCAAGGCGUGUCAAGAUUCCAUUGCAUGUCUACGGAGCAAUACAUCCAUGUUGAACGGAGCUGCUGAAAAGUCAACUAUGGACCUUUUUUUUGGUGAAGUUGGACGUCGAUUUGCCGAGAUUCUUUACAAACAUCUUAAAACCCAAGUUGUGAAUGAACAGGGAGGUUUCCGAUAUAUCAGCGAUAUGAAUGCCUAUUAUGAUUUUGCAGCAUCCUUACGGCAAAAGACGGUAACGCCUUACUUUGCAGCACUCAAAGCCCUCGCCAACCUUUACAUCAUAUCCUCGGCGCCCGAUAUAAAAAACGUGAUCCAUGAUCUUGAAAGAUAUCAUGGCUUGAUGAAGAUAGAGGAUCUAUUUGAAUUUGCAGCAUGUAGGAGUGAUUGGCCGAUAGUGAAAAAAGUGGUUACCAAAGAUAUGACUGAUUGUAGUAUCAUGUAGACAACAACAAAAAGAAAUAUACAUAUUUAAGUACUUUUAUAGUAUACACGUACAGCAAAGUGAAUUAAUUUGAUAUAUUUACUGAACGAUAGUCAUCCAAUUUUGAACUCUUAACAUGUACAGUACAGUACAGUACGUGGCCUGAUACUAUAUGUUGACUAACUAGAUUUGUUGAUGAGGGAAUACUGUAACAUAUGUAUACGUGAAUAUACAGUGCCCGCUCGAUAAUUCGAUCACUUUGGUCACAGCCGUAAGUGAUUGAAUUAUCGAAAUAUCGAGUUAUGAAAUUG